AUGAACGAUCAAGCUAUCCUUUCAACAACAUCAUCAGACUCUGUAUCCAACCCAACAUAUAUCAACUGUAAGGGAAGUAUGGGGUGGAAGUCACCUAAAGUAUCAAAUGUGGUAAAAGAUUAUUUAAAUUCAACAAUGACCUUUAAUAGACUAUCUACAAAUUUAGGUACCGAAUUAAAAGAAAUGGCAAAGGAUCAAAGAAUUAGUGUCAUUGAUUUAAUUGUAUCAUUUGCUCAAGAUUUAAAAAGAAAACAAAAGAUUGGUAGUGGAAGAUCAAACAAAGUUCUUUAUGAUAGCGAGAUUGAAAGAAUAAUGAAACCAUAUCAUAGAAAGGGAUUUGAAAGAGUAAUAGCAAGUGAUCAAUUAAAUUUUAUUGGAACCAAAAGACAAGAUGUCAUUUAUAAUGAAUUUGGAUCCACACAACAAACCAGGAAGUCAUUGGGUUGCAAUUUAAUUGAUGAAAUCACCAGAUUAUUAUUUAAAAUUCAAGAUACAAUGGUAUACCAUUUAAAGAAUCAAGUGGUUGGAGUGAUAUAUCAAAAGAGGAAAAGCUUAAGGCACAACUUAUUUGUUGUAUUCAUACUUGCCUUCCAAAUCUUUGGUAUUGAUAUAGCAAUUGUAAAAGAAUUGAGAUAUUACAAGACCUUUGAAUUAGAAAAAGCAGAUAAAGAGUAUUUAUCAAAACAAGAAUUCAGAUUUGUUAUUUUACCAAAUGAUAAUGGAUUCAAGUAUGCAUUGGUAGUUGUAGAUUUAGCAAGUAGAUUGACAGAUGCAGAACCAUUACAAAAUAAAACAGCAAAAGAGGUAAGAGAUGCAUUUAUCAAGAUUUAUAAAAGAGGAAUACUAAAACCAAAUAUUAUUCAAAUGGAUCCAGGCACAGAGUUUAAAGGAAACCUUUGUCAAGGUGAUUCUUGUGAAUUAUUGGAUUUAGGAACAAAGAUUAGAAAAGAGUAUAAUGUCGAGGAUCAAGAGAAUGAAGGAAAAGGUUUUGUUGAUCUUCACAUGGGUCCUCACGCUUUGAUGCACAAACCACAAUGUUUAAAUUAUUUUCAAGAGUACAAUUUCAAUACAACAUCAUUUGCUUAUUAUUUCAAUCCUUGCCAAGCUUCACAGAAAUGUGCCCAAAUUAACGCUAGACUUACCAACACCUUGGCAUGCCAAUAUAGUAUAUCUUCAAAAGAGUCAUUUCCUUUGGCAAUGACAAACAUGACGUAUAGCAACUUUAUUGUUGAAAAUGAAAAAACUAGAGUUUAUAGAGAUUUUACCACUUCGUCAGGAUGUUUAACUAUCAAAAGAGCCGCUAGUGUACAUUUUGUUUUUGAUGGUGCAUCCUCAAUUGUAAAGGUAGAAGAGCCUUCUUCUUGCAUUUACACUAUUACUAUAAACAUGGGUCCCGAGCCAUGGGGCAAAACCACUGGUGUUACGACUGGCAAUUGUGGUUAUAACAACUCUCUUCUGCCACUGUCAAAAUGCAGAUUCUGGGACUCGGGUAUGUUAAAAACAGUUUACACCAUCUAUAUUUCAUCGGUCACUUAUUUUGGAGUUUGUUCAUCUCCUCAAAUUUGCCAACGUCCAGAGUUUGGAAACAAAUUACCUCAGUCUUGCACCUUUUCCAAUGAUGGAAGUGGUUGGGUGUCAGGAGGAUUGAUUACGAGCGACCCAAAUUCUUGGGUACCAGUUGGUGAUAAUAUAAUGCAAACCACUUAUUCAGUCAACAAGUGCUCUUACCCUUCGAUGUACAAUACUAUCCUCAAAGCUCAUUGUUAUAGACAACAACCCAUACCAAUAGCUAUGAUCGAAAAAGGAAAUCCUUCGAAAGGAACCUCACAAUGCUCAAAAACUAUCAAUUUUUACACCCCUUUAAUUUGCAAGAGUGAUCCAUCAUGCAUUGUGACGUCGCCCUACCAAAACAGUCAAAAAGUUGAUUUGAGUGGCUUUUCUCAAAAAUAUACUUACUUUCUCCAUCCCUGCCCAGUACCAUUUAGUCGAUAUAUCGGUGGCACUGAUAACACCUUAUGUUUUGCAGUUAGGGUGAGGGCCCUAACCGCACCUGUUUAUGAAUGCUUCGACGGUUGGUCGUCAUUUGGGGUUGAUCCUUUCGUAGGCUUUAAAAACAAGACCUCAUCGUUGGUGAUUUAUUCAGGUGCUAUUGUCUCUCGUGUGAAACCGCAAACCUUACCUGUAUCGGACCCCAACAUGGCCUUUGAUUUGUACACUACAAGUGGGGACUUCUAUUUAGUUAGCCAAUAA